GACCGUGUCCAGGUUGGCAGCCGGCCGCGCUCGCACGGCCUGGAUGCGCCGAGCGCCCGGGGGGCGCAGGGGACGGCGCGGCGCGGCUCCUGGGCCUGCGCCCCGGCCGCUGGGAGCGGCGGGGAGGAGGCGGACGAGACUGCAGGCGCGCCGAGGUCUGAAGGUGCCCUCCAGACGCGGCCCUGAUGACUGAGCUACAGCAAGAUGUGGAAGACACAAAGCCUGCCAAAGUGCUCGGGAAGAAAGAGAGCAAAGUUGGCUCGGCCCACUCAGAGGCUGAGAAUGGCGUGGAGGAGAAAAAGAAGGUCUGCAGGUCCUCCACAGCCCAGUCUCCUGCGCCGUCUAGUGAGGCCGAGUCUCCAGACCAGAAGAAACUCAUUUGCCUGCGGUCAAAAUCCAGUUUUGAUGGUGCCUCUUUAGCAAGUGAUAAGAAUGACUGUAAAACAGAAAGCAAAAAUGACUCUAAGACUGAAAGGAAAAAGUCUUCGUCUUCCAGCCAGUACAAAGCAAACAUGCACUUUCACAAGUUGUUUCUUGAUGUCCCAACUGAGGAGCCACUGAGGCAAAGUUUUACCUGUGCUCUACAGAAAGAAAUAUUAUACCAAGGGAAGCUCUUUGUGUCAGAAAACUGGAUUUGUUUUCAUUCCAAGGUCUUUGGAAAAGACACUAAGAUCUCUAUUCCGGCUUUCUCGGUAACGCUAAUAAAGAAAACCAAAACUGCCCUUCUGGUGCCAAACGCCCUGAUUAUAGCGACAGUCACAGACAGGUACAUAUUUGUCUCCUUACUCUCCAGAGAUUCAACUUACAAACUACUAAAAUCUGUGUGUGGACACUUAGAAAAUACAAGUGUUGGUAACAGUCCCAAUCCGUCUUCUCUUGAAAACAGUUUCGGGGCGGACCGUCCUUCAUCUUUGCCUCUGGAUUUCAAUGACGAAUUCUCAGAUCUCGAUGGAGUGGUUCGACACAGAAGGCAAGACAUGGAAGGAUACAGCAGUUCUGGCUCUCAGACUCCUGAAUCCGAGAACUCUCGAGAUUUCCAUGUGACAGAAUCCCAGACAGUUCUGAAUGUCUCCAAGGCAGAAGCAAAACCAGCUCGGGCAGAUGCCCAUGUGAACAGAGUGCCUGAAGGAAAAGCCAAGAAUCUCCCUGCACAUGGUCAGUCAGAAACCAUUGGAAUCUUACACAAAGUAAAGUCUCAGAAAUAUCCGACUCUCCACCAUAUUCUUAUAUUCUACACAAUUGUUGUCUGUGCACUGAUCAUCUCGACCUUCUACAUGAGAUACAGAAUUAAUUCUCUGGAGGAGCGGCUGGGGUCACUAACCUCUGUCGUGGACACCCAUCAUACGGAACAGACAGCACCGUCCGGCCUGGGGUCACAAGUACAGUUAAACGUGGAGGUCCUCUGCCAAGAGCUUACAGCUAACAUAAUGAAGUUAGAAAAGCCUCUCUGGUCCUCAGAUUCGUGUGUGAAACCUGCCUCUGUGUGGUGGUGUGUGGUUAAGAUACAAAACAACUUACAAAAGCUGCUUGAGAAUGGUGACUGAUCGACCAGAUUGCUUGGGCCAACAUAAUACCUCGCGCUUCCCUUUGAAGAAGGUGCUCCCUAGGCAUUCUGGUGGAGCGCUCCCUGCUGGCCAGAGGAGCGAGCGGACGGGCAUCCCCAGUCACGUCUGGGCUUAGAUGUCUCCAGCUCAGGAAAGGGGGGAAGGGGAAUAAUUUGGUUCCCAUGCAAGUAAGUUGACCUUGACUCUCUGAAGAAGUUUCAGUGCUGCUGCCUGAAGAAAACAGACCCAUCUCUGGAGGUCUCAGGAAGGGCCUGGUGGACACUCUCUUGGAUGCUUGUGGUUUGGUGGUUAUCAUGACUGUGUCAGCAAACACACUCCACUUCGUGCCUUUUCAGUCCUCCCCACCCUCCUUUCCUCUCCUUUACUCCCCUCUUAACCAACCUUCCAACUAAGGGAUAUAUCAUGUGCCAACGAACUUGAUAUGGUCCUUUAAAUAACUAGCCAUGACUCUCCAAAAAGGCAAUCAAGAGCAAUAAUGGACAGACUUGCUUCAAACAAAUAACACCAACAUUUUGUCUUUUUUUUUCUUUCUUUCUUCUGCUGUUAUGUUCUGGUUUAAAUCACCUGCAUAUCUUAACUUCUCAACUGAGUAUUGGCAAGAAUAUUGGGCAAAGCGGAUUAAACUAUCCCAUUUAUGUUUUGUGUUGCCCCUUUAAAUAAUACUUAAUUGGACUGAUUCUCACCUACUCCAGGUCCAGAAUCUGUUAAGACACGAGACUGAAGUACUAAAUUAAACUUACUGUGAAAGCAAAACGAACCUUUAAACCAAAAAAGUGUAAUAGUGAUUUGAUACAGGAUGCAAAACACUGAACUUUUAAGAUUAUAGGUGGACUAUGUUAGUUUUGAAACAAGAUGUCUGAAUUAAGUGCUGAAACCCAUUUCAGCAUGAUGAUGGCAUGCUUUUCUCUGCUGACUAAAACAAAGAAAUAACUGGUGGUUUGCUAACUUCUAUUUACCAUAUGGAUUGGCUGGUUUUUAUUAAUAAUUACUUAGGUACCAUAAGAUCUGUAACACACAAGGUAUUCUGUUUCUGUCUGCAAUGCAUUUUAUAAUCAUUUCUAUGAAAUGUAUUUUGUUUAAUCGAAUAAGCUAAUAAGUGAAUUGGUUACAUCAUUUGUAUUUGUUAGCCUACUGGACAAGAAUUGUGCCUGGUGCACCCCGGCUUUUAAUAAAUACUCAUUGGUUAAAAUGCCCUGCUAA